GUUAAUUUUUAGUCAAUGGAGCGAGAAUCUGAACAAUCAGAGGUACUACUUAGAAUAUUAAUGCAAAGAAGGAAUGAACUUGCACAUACAGAUAUGAUGUUGUGUGAAAAUAUUAGGAGGAUAGAGAGUCAAAUUGAUGGGCUGAUUUCAGAUGGAAAUUGCAAAGAUAGUGAAGACGAUUGAAAACACAGUGGUGAUAAUACUAGCAAGCCUGAGCAAUACAUUGAAACUUCAGAGCAGUUUAGCGAUCAAAAGCCACUUCCUUCAAAUUAUGGGAACCAAGUCAUGGUCAAGGCUGAAAACUUCAGUGAAACAAAGCCCAGACACUGAAAAUCUUACAGUCUUUCAAACCCAAAAAUCACUAUCCUAGAUGGUUUCAAUGACUUUAAGAUUGAAGAUGAUGAAAGUAUGGUUUCAGAAGAAAGUGUAUAUAUCUGACUGAAACCCAAUAUGCAGAAAAAUAUGAAUUCCAAACUUUGACAAGCCAAUGAUAUCAGUGCAAUUACUUAUGAGCACACUGAUAAUUUUCAAACUACUUCAGGAAUUAAACAGGAGACGCAACUCGACCAGAAAAUUCUUUCUAAAGUUGAAUUGCUAUCUAAACAGCCUAAGGAAGAUAUUUCCGGGUGAAAAUCAGUAGAAAUAACUCAGGGAAGGGCACUUGAGCAGACUGUGUCUUCAACAUCAAGAAAAAGAAGAUCCAAGUACACAAUGUACCCUGCAGAGUUCAAAGAAAUUGCUAUCUCAAUGGCACUUGAAGUAGGAACCAAGGAGGCUUCUAAAUAACCUUGAAGUCCCAAUAAAAUCCCUAAAAAGAUGGAUGAUAGUUGGUGCUCAAAGGAAGAAAGGAGGCGGUAGGAAGACUAGACAUCCCCAAAUGGAAGAAACUCUUAAAAAAUGGAUACUCCAGUGAAAAAGGGAAAAUGUAGACCUCAACAUGGAAGUCAUUUGUCAAAAAGCCAGAGUGCUCUCUCAAGAUGAAAGUUUCAAGGCAUCAAAAGGAUGGUACUGCAAGUUUAUCCAGAAAGUCGGCUUCCAGAAAUAAGGAAUUUAUAGAUCCCUCAAUAUA